UUCAUUACUGGUUGCAAAAAAAUAAGAUUCUGAGGUAAGUCUUGUCUUCUUAUUAGUUCUUGUUUCUUUGUUCUGGGUCGGUUCUGUUGUUUUGGAUAAUAAUAAUAAUAAACAAGAAUGAAGUAUUGAAUUAAGAUUCGAAAUCUGCUUAAGAUUUGAAAAAUCUUUGAAGAAUGGAGGAAAGGAAGUUUGUAUGCAAGUAUUGCAGUAAGAAGUUUCCUUGUGGCAAGUCUCUUGGGGGUCACAUAAGGACUCACAUGAUGAAUGAACACUCUCUAUCAGCAACAAUGCCCUAUGCUAAUAUCAAUUCAUCUUCUUCUUCUUUAAUACUCGAGUUUGAAUAUCCUAACAGGAAGAGGAAGCACGAUUUCUUGGCAACUAAUGGUUCUAAUUCCAGCUAUGGCGGUAGUGGAUAUGGUUAUGGACUCAGAGAGAAUCCGAAGAAAACAAAGAGUUUUGUGGAUGCCAAUCACAAGAAGUUAUGCAAAGAAUGUGGAAAAGGUUUUCCAUCGCUUAAGGCUCUCUGUGGUCACAUGGCUUGUCACUCAGAGAAAGAAAGAGGAACCAAUUCCAAUUCCAAUAAUAGGUUUCAGUUUGAAUCCAAUUCUGGGAUUAGUGAGAAGCAGAAAUUGGUUAUGGAUAGUCAUUCUGAUACUGAAACCUCUGUUCCAAUUAGGAGAUCCAAGAGGAUGAGAUUCAGGAACCUCUCCAAAAACAACCGCAAACCUUUUUGUUCUUCUUCUUCUUCUUCUUCUGUGUCUGAGGUUGAGCAGGAGCAAGAAGAGGUUGCUAGGUGUUUGAUGAUGCUGUCCAAGGAUAACUCCUACAAGGGUCAAUUCGUGCUUUUCGCUGAGUCGUUGGAUAACAAGUCGAUUGUUCUUGAGGGGAAAUCGCCUUCUGUUGACACCUACAAUAAGGUUAUGGUUGUGGAUCAUGAGAAGAAUCAACACAAGGGUGCUGAGAUUGGUUAUAAUUCGGACAAUUCGGAUUCAGGCUAUUUCAGAUAUGGUCCCAAGAAGAAUGUAGAUUCUGAUGAUGAUGAUGGUGAAGUUAACAACAAUGUUGAUUCGAGGAGUGGUGUAAGAAGCAGAAACAAUUCCAUGUUCAAGAAAAUGGCAGCUGCCAACGAUUCUUCGAGCAAGAAGAAGAACAAACCAAAUGGCAUUACCGGUUUCAGUGACAAGCAUUGGAAGGUUGAGUCUUUCACAACUGAAGAUUUCUCUGCAUUCGAAAGCGAUGAGUUUAAUAACAACAGCACAGACACUGAUUCAUACCCUGCAGCAGCUGUUAAUGCAUCAAAAUCUCGCAGCAACAAGAAGAUCAACGAGAACAACAAGGGUAAGACUAAGAAAAAGAGUAAGAAGAAGUUGAAGUCAAAGAAGAACAAGGAACAUGAGUGUCCAAUUUGCAACAAAAUGUUUAGGUCAGGACAAGCAUUGGGGGGUCACAAAAGAUCACAUUUUGUUGGAGGAUCUGAAGAGAACACACUGGUCAUUAGGCCAGCUCCUGCUACAGUUGCACCAUGCCUAAUUGAUCUCAAUUUACCUGCUCCUGUUGAUGAUGCACCUUUUUGAAUCACAAACUUUUUUAGAUUGCAUUAUUUUGGUUAGGAAAUAAUUGAUUUGAGAAUUAUAUUAUUCUCUUUAUCAUUGAUUCAAUUGGUGUUGAGAAUGUUUCUCUUUUCAUGUUAGCGGCGGAAAUGUUGAAAACAUUGCUCUACUAAUUC